AAAUGUACACUAAACGAGCAGAAUAAAAUAGAAACAUGUGAUAAAGUAUAUCUUGAAGAAUUUACGAAAGAUACUGAUUUGCAAUCACUUUUAAUAAUGAUGACUGUAACUUCAAAUUACAGUGAACCAAAUGAUGAGAUACAUUCUCACGACAGUGAUGCAUACAGAGAUUUAAAAGAAAAUACGGUACAUCCGAACAGUAAUAACAUACAGGAGAGCGCUGAAGAUAUCAUCUUAGAAAAAAACUCAAUUGGUGAUAUAUUAAAAAUAAAACCGCUAAUUGAAAACCGUGAAAUAGUGUUAUGUAAAAAAUAUUUACGAAAAUGGAAAGAAUACGUCAAGAUGAAAGCAGAAAAUAUGAUUAACCGACACAGAAAACAAACUCUGAACAUGUUUCUUGGUAAAAUUAGUAAAGCAAAACAUAAUAUACUUACUGAAACGGCAGAGCCUACACACCUACACAAAGCAAAAGUUCAGUUACGUGAUUAUAAUAGUUAUCAACACAGGUAUAAGGUUCAAAAAAAUAUAAUUGCAUUACAAAAGGCCAAACUAGAGCAGCAAAAUAAAUUGAUAGAAGAGCUUAAGUACAACAAAAUAAUCGAAGCUUCCAAACAUUCGAUAGACACCAUGAAAGAAGAAGUUAGAAAAACUUAUUACGAAAUUGAUAAACAUUUAAAACCGAAAAUCAAAUUGUUAACCAAUGAGCUUAAUAUCAAAGAAAUCGAAGAGCCGUCUUUGGUAUUGCACUGUCUUAAAGUGCCUCAAUUUUUGCAAAGAAUGGAAGCCAGAGCCCGUAAAAGAGAAGAGAAACAUGCAAUAAUUAGAGAGAGAAGAAAACAAAUUGAAGAAGAAAAAAUACGACUUAAACAGCAGGCGGAACUAGAGAAGGUUGAAAUGGAUAGAGAAGAAAAACUAAAAAGAAUGAAAGAAUUGAAAGAAAAACGUAAAAAGGAAAAGAUAGAAAAUAUAAGAAAAAAGCAACACGCAGAACGAUUAAGAGCUUUAACUGUAAUGGCCGACUUACAUUACGAAAAAAGUUUAAUGUUGAAAUAUGGACUACGGCCAUUUCAACUGUUAAUUCAAAUAAAGAAGGAAAAUGUUGAAAAAGCGCGUGCGCAUUAUAAGUUCCAGAUAAAGAAAAAUAUUUUUUUAAAUUGGAUGUUUUAUACAGAAGAUAUGUGGUUUGAAAGAAACUACUUAGCCGAAGCAUUUUAUAGAAAAACAAUUUUAACGCGAACUUGGAACGCUUUAAAAGAGAACCAUUAUAAAUACAUCUUAAAAAAACAAGUUGCUGAAGACUACUACGAUUUGUACGUAACGCAGUUAACAUUUCGGAUGUUCCGUCAAUACGUAAAAAUCACGAAAGAAGAGUUUUCAAUGAAAUGGACGAAGGCGGUGAAUUAUCACAAUUGUAAUCUUCUAUUCAAGACGUUCACAUGCUGGAGGACAUUGCCGGCGCUAAAUGCUUUACAACGUGAACAGGAAGUGAGGAAGUUGAAAUGGCGACAGAAAGUGUUACAAGUAGUACCUGAUUACAAACCACCGGACGAUUAAUUCUAUAUAUAUAUAUAUAUAUAU